GCAGUGCAGCUCGGAAAAGGUGGCUCCGCCCACCAGUCGUCACCGACGAAGAAGACGAACAAGGAAUCGCGAAUCAGUUGUCAAAAAAACAAAACAAAAGUAGCCCGAGUGAAAGAACGCAUAAAAAAAAGAUAUGUUUGAAGCGUGUGAAGUGCACUGAUUAACCGCAAGGUCUGAUUGAACACAAGUCGCCAAGAUGCCUGCGGUGUCCACCGGUGCCAAGGACCUCUAUUUGUCCACAUCUCUCGGGGACCUCAAUAAAAAAGCUGAAGUUAAGCCAGACAAGAUAAGCGCAAGAAACUAUGUUCAGAGUGCCUGCAAAAUCUUCAAGGCGGCAGAGGAGAGUCGUCUGGACAGAGAUGAGGAGAGAGCUUAUGUGCUUUACAUGAAGUAUCUAGCAGUAUAUAGCAUUGUUAAGACGAGACCAGACUUCAAGGAGCAGUUGGAGUAUUACAUGACCAUGCUUGGGCCCAAAAACUUCAAGAAAGCCAUCGAAGAAGCUGAGAAGCUCGCUGAAAGCCUCAAACUCAGGUAUGAGGAAGUUGAAGUAAGGAAAAAGCUGGAAGAGAAGGACAGACAAGAGGAGAAAAAAAAGCGGGAGGAAAUAACGGAGAAAGAUGACAGUCGAAGCUCUCCCAAAUCCUCAUCGGCAAGCAAGGACAGCAAUAAGGUAAAAGGAGAGCUGAAUGACUUGAGGAACGCAUCUUCAAAAACUGUGGCGGUGGGUGGGAUCACGGCCGAGAAACUUUUCCACAUGAUGAAGGAUCAAAUGAUUACUCUAAUCGUCAUGGAUGCCCGAAGCCAGCGAGACUUUGAGGAGUCUCACAUCCGGGUCCCAUCUCAGGCCUGCAUCAGCGUGCCCGAGGAGGCCAUCAGUGCAGGAAUCACCGUGACUCACAUUGAAGAAAAGCUCCCAGAAGUGUCCAAAGAGCAGUGGGAAAGGCGAGGAUCCGUGGAUUACUUAGUCCUUUUGGACUGGUUUAGUUCUGUUACGGAUCUAACGAUGGCCACUCCAUUGCAGAGUCUCAAAGAUGCUCUAUACAAGUGGGACAGUGUGACCAUCUUGCGCAGUGAGCCGCUAGUGCUGGAGGGGGGCUAUGAGAACUGGCUGUUAUUUUACCCAAUGUACACGACCAAUGCUAAAGUCCGCCCCCCUAGGCAGAAUAUUGUCAACACUCUUCCUCUGUUAAACUUCAGUUACCCGUCUCUUGAGGAACCAAAACCUCCAACACCGCCUGAGCCAGAACCCGAAAUCAGACCUGAGCCUCUAGAACCUUCCGCUCCCUUACUCGUGAAUGGAGUUGCGCCAACUGAAGCCCGCACGCCCACACCACCUGUGAGCGCAGAGAGAUUGGCAAACACUGUUGACGCUCUUUUCUCUAAGCUGGAAAUGAGUAAGAAAGGACCAGUGACGGAUACGUCCAGCCAACCCUCUUUGACGUCCAAGGCCCCCCCACAGUUUGACCGUACCAAAAAACCACCGAUCAGCUUCUCAGAUGAACCUAAUGCGAUCCUGAAUGGACCAGACAAAGAAUUCAGCAAGAACACUCCAAAUGUGCCCGACCGCUCAGCCAAACCAGCCUUCACUGUUUCUCCGUCUGAAGAAGAGCAAAGUCAGGAGAAAGCCAGGCAAGAACAGCAGAAAGGCAUUCAAGAGCAUCAGCUGGAAGAGGAGAGGGAGGCGAAGGAGCUGAAAGAGAAGCUAGAAAGGGAACAGAGCGAUAAGAAAAAGAAGGAAGAGGAGGACAAAGGACAUCAAGACAAAAAGAGACUGGAGAGACAGAAGGCAAAGGAAGAGGAAGACAAAGAGAACCAUGGGUGGAAGGACAAAGACAAUCGGGGAAGAGAGCAGAAUGCCGAAGCCCCCUCAAAAAGUAUGUCUCUCGACUCAGCUGCUCCCAGUCUUAUCAUCAGUGAGGUAAAGCGGGAGCCAUUGACAAGAGCGAGAAGUGAGGAAAUGGGAAGGAGCGUGCCAGGUCUGCCAGUCGGUUGGAUGAAGUUCCUUGACACUGUUACCGGAACCUUCCGAUACUACCAUUCCCCAACCAACCGCGUCCACCUGUACCCGCCUGAGGUUACUGUUCCGACACCAGCAGCAGUCGAACAGAAACAGCCGCAAGCAGCAGUGCCUUCUUCCGACGUAGAGAGAGAGCAGGAGCGGGAGCAGUCCAAAUUAAAACGCUCAUACUCUUCACCAGACAUCAGCCAGGACCUAAGGGAGGAGGUCCAGAAGAAGAGCUCUGCCCCAGUACCCGCUGCUACCGUGCCCACCUUCAAUAGAGCAACCAAACCUCCCAGUGUUAAAGUCUAUUCUAAAGUGGAGCUUGCGCGACCUUCAGCUGCCAAAAUUCGCAGCCUGAAUCCAACGUUUGGAGGCCUGGGCGCAAGUUUGACCGGCCUUCGUAAUCUUGGCAACACUUGCUAUAUGAACUCCAUCUUGCAGUGUCUGUGCAACACCCCCCGCAUGGCAGAGUACUUCAACAAUAAUUCUUACCUGGAUGAUAUCAACAGGUUCAACAUUCUUGGCCAUAAAGGGGAAGUUGCGGAAGAAUUCGGCGUGAUCAUGAAGGCGCUCUGGGCCGGUCUGUACAGGUGCAUCAGUCCACGAGACUUUAAGAUCACCAUAGGAAAGAUCAAUGAUCAGUUUGCUGGCUAUGACCAGCAAGACUCCCAGGAGUUGCUGCUCUUUCUCAUGGAUGGCCUCCACGAGGACCUCAAUAAGGCAGACAACAGGAAGCGCUACAAAGAGGAGGAAAACGACCACAUGGAUGAUCAGAUGGCGGCAGACCAGGCCUGGGACAAACACAUGCAUCUCAACAAGUCCAUCAUCGUGUCACUCUUCCAGGGCCAGUUCAAGUCCACCGUGCAGUGUCAGACCUGCCACCGUAAGUCUAGAACCUUUGAGACCUUCAUGUACCUGUCGCUGCCUCUGGCCUCCACCAGCAAGUGCUCUCUACAGGAUUGUCUGAGGCUGUUCUCAAAGGAAGAGCGGCUGACGGAGAACAACAAGGUCUUCUGCAGGCACUGCAGAGCUCACAGAGAUUCCACCAAGAAACUGGAGAUCUGGACGGUCCCCCCAAUUCUCUUGGUGCACCUGAAGCGCUUCUCCUAUGAGGGCCGAUGGAAACAGAAGCUGCAGACCUCUGUAGAUUUCCCUCUAGACGCUCUGGACCUGACCCAGUACGUCAUCGGACCUAAGCAGAACCAGAACAGAUAUAACCUUUUUGGAGUGUCUAACCACUAUGGAGGUUUGGACGGUGGCCAUUACACCGCCUACUGUAAGAACUCCUUGAAGCAGCGUUGGUACAAGUUUGACGAUCACGAGGUUUCCGAUAUCUCCACGUCCUCUGUCAAAUCAUCCGCCGCCUACAUUCUGUUUUACUCCGCCCUGUGACGGACUCCCUGGAACUGAAGAAGAACACGUGAGAAGGUUGUCCCCCCUCGACCUCCCCCCACCUUCUAGAAAGUGGCUUUUUUGGGCACCUGAUGAAGAAGCGCACGAGUCCGUCCUAGAGCUGAUCAUGGCUUACGGAUGUCACUAGUGCACAGUGCAGCAUAGGCACGUCGUGCAGUGCUUCCGCCACUUGAGGACCCUAUAGCUGUGAAAACAUGCCGGCUGCUCUUAUUUCUGAUCAUCUAUUCUAGAGACUACGAGAGAUGCCAGUUUGACGCCACCCUGCGCCAUUGUAGGCCAAGCAGCUGCUUCGAUGCUGCGGUUACCGUGAAUGGCUGGAUUAUUCGAGUGUGCAAACAGCGGAGUCACAUUUACAUAGCUUGUACGUAUUUAUCAAAGCAGAUAUUGCACCUUUCCAAAUGUAAAUAUUUUACAACACGUUCAGUUGUUGCGUGACCAAUUUUUGUUGUUGUUGACUUUAAGCAACUGUGAUAUUCACACCAGUCUUUGCAUUAUAAUUGAACAUGACCGUUGAAGGGGACCUAUUGUGUUUUUGUUUUUUUUCUCAUGCCGUCAUAUGUCUUGUUGCGGAACCAUAUUUUAGGUUACCGGAAGAAGAAAGUUUGAGGUGUGUCAGAAAAGAUGUAUUUCGAACCAAAACUAUACUCUAAAGUCUACACACCCCUUGGUUUUUGUGAUAUAAAAGACCGAGAAGAAUAAUUUCAAAACUUUCCCACCAUUGUGACUAAAUUGAAUUGAAAAAAAAAAAAAAAAAGAACACCAUACCUACAGGAAAGGAUGGUUUCGUUGGCAUUGUUUUUGGGGGCUGUUUUUCUUCAGCUGCAACUGGGGCCUGAGACAGUUGGAGGGAAUUAUGAACAGUUCCAUAUAGCAGUCAGUGCUAGCACAAAACCUUGAGGCUUCUGUUGGAAAGCAACAACAAAAAAGUCAUGAAACGACUACGAGAACAUCUGAAAAUUAUUUAGGGUUAACAAAAGCACUUUUGUUUAAAAAAAUAUAUAUAUUUUUUUUUUUUUCCCCUUCUUUCCCAUGCGCGAUACGGUCCAUUUUGACAACAUGGGCGAGAUGAUGGAGCUCACUUCCAUGGGGAAAACUUGUAGUUUGGACUUGAAAUACUAGAUAUCUUUUCUGACACAUCUCGUAGACUAUUUCAAACUUCAGAACGUUUAGCAUUCUGUCCCGACGUUGAACUUGAUGGGGGGGUACAAUCAGUGGAAAUGCAAGAUGAAUAGGAAUCAUUUGUCAAUUCUGAGUCGUGCAAAUCUACUCAAGUGGCCUCCCAGAAUAGCUUGCAGUUAGCAUAAUAGGUCCUCUUGAAUGUGAUUUGAAAAGACUUGAGUAUUUCCAUUUGCGUAGUAGUGAAGGGUCGAUGGGAACUGUGAUGGUUGCUUGUUCAUGUUAAACAUUGUUGCACUUACUUACACUGUAUCCACUCGGAAGUACGCAGAACGCAUAGCUUAACCAUUAAUACUCAAUGCUGAAUGCUUUACAUUGACACGGAUUCAGAGAUAUCUUCUGACUGAUCUAGCCUUGUCUGACCCCUGUAACAUUAGUAUUAAAUCGAUUUGCCAUGGAAUAUUACUGUCUGCAUUAUAACAUCAAUUUAAAAAGAACAUUAUUGCUA